AUGUCCACCAUGGAUUACGAGACUGAGCCGCGUCCGUACGAUGACGAGCCGCGCGACUACGAGCGCGACCGCAGCCGUUCUCCACGCAACGACCGCCGUGUCGAUGAAGAUGCCCGCGCUCGCAGUGCCUCUCCCGGUGCGCGCGACCGCAUUGACGACCGCCCCAGCCACGACAUGCGCGACCGCGAUGACGAGUCCAUCAACCCGGGCUCCAACCUCUUCGUGACCGGCAUCCACCCGCGUCUUUCUGAGGACGAGGUCACGCGCCUCUUCGAGAAGUACGGCGAUGUCGAGAAGUGCAACAUCAUGCGUGACCCGCACACCAAGGAAUCGCGUGGCUUCGGCUUCGUGAAGAUGGUCACUCCCGACCAGGCCGACGCCGCAAAGGAGGGCCUUCAGGGCGAGGUCAUUGAGGGCCGCACGCUUAGCAUUGAGAAGGCCCGCCGCGCUCGUCCGAGGACGCCCACUCCGGGCAAGUACUACGGCCCGCCCAAGCGCGACUUCCGUGGCGGCCGUGGCGGUGGCCGUCCCUACGGCGACCGCUAUGACGACAGGCGUGGCUACGGUGGACGCCGUGACGACUACUCCCGCGGCCCUCGCUACGAAUCCUACGACCGUGGCUACGACCGUGGCUACGACCGUGGUGGUGACCGUGGCGGCGACCGUGGCGGUGACCGCAGCAGCUACUCCCGCCGUGACCGCGACUAUGGUCCUCCUCGCGGCGUCGACCGCUAUGCUUCUUCGGGCCGCGAGGGCCGCGAGGGCGGCCGUGAGGGCCGCGAGGGCGGCGGCCGCGGCGAUGACCGCUACCGCUACGGUUCGAGCCGCGACGAUCGCUACGGCCGUGACGGCGGUGCCGCCUACGGUGGCGCUCCUGCCGACGAGCCGUAUGCCGGUGGAAGGGCUUACGACGACCGUGGUGAUGACUACUAUCUCCGCCACUAG